AUGGACUGGAAUGGACCAAACGACCCCGACAACCCGCGGAACUUUCCAUUCGGCACCAAGCUACUAGGCAUUUCUAGUGUGACCUUGUUGGCAUUCGUGAGUGCUUUUGCGGGCGCGAUCUAUGCACCGGCGCAGGAGGAUGUGAUGAAGGCGAUGAACUGCAGCUCCGAGGUGGCAAUGCUACCUCUCUCGUUGAACAAUCUUGGAAUGGCAUUCGGGCCUAUUGUAGGGGCUCCUCUGUCCGAAAAAUAUGGGCGCAAAACCGUCUAUCUCGCGACUACCCCUAUAUUCAUUCUGUUCAUGGUGGGCGCCGCCGUGUCCCAAACAAUCUCGGGCCUAAUUCUGUGUCGUUUCUUCGGGGCAAUAUUUGGCUCCCCCAACAUCAGCAAUGCGUCAGCAACAAUCCUGGACUAUACGUAUGACACGGAUCGCGGCUCCGUCCUCGCGGUCUACUAUGCCAUUCCGACACUGGCGGCGACUGUGGCCCCCCUCGCGGGAGGCUUCGUGAUGAUCCGAACUGAGGACUGGAGAUGGACCCAAUGGGUUCCUAUCAUCCUGGCUGGAGUGCUCUACUGCCUAGCCUUUUUCACCAAGGAGACGUACAAGGCAGUGAUCCUACGGCGCCGCGCAGAGCAAUUGGGCGUGAAGAACAGCACCUCGCCCGAGGCUACGGCAGGCAAAGGCGUCCGACACUUCAUUGUCGUCCUUUUCCUGCGACCGGUGCACAUGCUCUUCACCGAACCGAUUGUGUUCCUGGUCAGCCUGUACAACGGCCUCCUCUUCGGACUCCUCUACGCAUUCGUGACCUCGAUCUCGUGGGUCUUUGCCCACUACUACGGCUUCGGCCGAACGGGCCAGGCGCUUUCGUACCUCGGCGUGACCCUCGGCAAUAUGAUCGCCUGCUUGCCCCAGGUUCUGAUCGACCGGUUCUACUUCCAGCCACGACUCCGUGCAUGGAAGCAGACGCAUGGACAAGACGCUCGCAUGCCUCCCGAGGCUCGCCUGGUCUCAGCCAUGAUCGGCAGUGUGCUCCUGCCCGCGGCGCUGCUGAUUCUCAGCUGGACCGCCAACUUCCGCGUUCACUGGAUGGUCCCCAUCAUCUUCCAGGGCCUUUCAAUGUUCAGUUGCUUGUUGAUAUAUACCGGCGCGGGGCUCUUCAUGCUGGACACCUACGGACCCCUGUAUGGUGCCUCCGCCUCCGGCGCGAUGAUGUUCAGUCGAUAUUUCCUGAGUUGUGCCUUUCCCUUGUUCACGUUGCAGAUGUUUGAGGCUCUGAGGGUGGGGUGGGCCUCCACUCUCCUGGCUCUGUUGACUCUUCUCCUGGCCCCCAUUCCGUGGAUCUUCUGGGUGUACGGGCCGCGAAUUCGGCAGGCGAGCAGAUAUGAGACCACGUCGUGA